GGAGACACAGGGUGAGGGCUGCAGGCGUUAUGUUAGAUGACUGUGACAGAAAUUUACUGGCUGUUUGAUGGACGUAGGCUCACCAAUCACGGAUCAUGUAGCAGCAGCUGAACUCUGUUAUGGCGCUGCCUGCUGCCUGCCUCUCUGAGGACCAGUUCACCUGCUCCAUCUGUCUGGAGGUCUUCAAAAACCCAGUCUCAACACCAUGUGGCCACAGCUUCUGCAAACCCUGCAUCAACUCUUACUGGAAUGGAGGAGAAAGAGGACGGGGUGCAAAGUUUUACCAGUGUCCCCUGUGCAAGGAGUCGUUCCGCAAGCGUCCAGAGCUCCACAUCAACCGAACCCUGAAGGAAAUCACUGAACAGUUCCAGCUGAUGGCGAGUCUGCCAGCAGAUGCAAGAGUCGGAGGGGUUGAGCACCCACAUCAUCAUCACCAUCAUCCUCAAUCAGUCCAGUCUGCUCCUUCACGACCGGGGGAAAUGCCAGAGAGCCUCUUAGCUGAGAUGAUUACACGUUUUCAGCAGCUGGCAGCUCCUGGGAUGCUCGGUGCCACCCCGUCCCAUCCUAGUGAUCCUCAAACCCUAAACCCCGAUGUGGCCUUCCAGACUCAGAACCCACCUCACAGAUACAAUGUGAGUGAUCCAGGUGAGUUCUCCCCCAGCCUCCCUCUGUGUCCCGUCCACCUGAGAGGUCUGGAGUUCUUCUGUCGCACCGACAACACCUGCAUCUGCUGCAUCUGUGUGGAGACAGCCGAGCACCGAGGACACGCCGUCGUCCCCGCCCACCGCGAGUGGCAAAUCAGCAAGUCUCAUUUAGGAAUUGCAGAGGUGGAGCUGAAAGAUCUCAUCUGUGAGAGACAGAGGAAAGUGGAGGAGAUCCACAUCUCUGUUCAAGAGAUAAAGGCUGCUGCAGAGCAGGAAACACAUUUAGUAGUUUCUGCUUUUUCCAAGCUGAUCUCCAGCGUGGAGGUCUGCCAAGCUGAAGUCAUGGAGGUGAUAAACAUGAGUGUUCAAGCAGCAGAGCUCAGAGCUCAGAGUUUACUGAGAGAGGUGGAGGAGGAGAUCGCUGCUCUUCAAGAGAGGAGAACAACCCUGAGUCAGCUGGCUUCAACAGAAGAUUACGUGCUAUUCCUGAAGGCGUUCCCUGCUCUGUCCACGCCUCCACAGACUAAAGACUGGUCCAGUGUCUCUGUGCGGUCUCAGCAAACACCAGUUUUUAAAACUGUCAAUCAGAUGAUGGAGGGCCUCCAGGAAGAGAUUUCAAAGCUGCCUGAACUCUGCCGACGAUCCUCAUCAACCCAGUCUGCACCCAGACCGAAAACAAAGGCACCAAGGGUUGAGGAAUAUGCAGCUGAUAUCACUCUGGACCCCAGCACGGCCCACCCACGUCUCCUCAUCUCACCAGAUGGAAAGAUGGUAAAGUGUGGUGAGCGCCAUCAGCUGGUGUCGGACAAGCCACAGCGCUUCGAUCGAGUGGUGUGUGUAAUGGCCCACCAGGGCUUCAGCUCAGGACGCCAUUACUGGGAGGUGGAGGUCGGAGGAAAGACCGACUGGGACCUGGGAAUUGCAAGUCGAUCUGUUAAUCGAAAGGGCAAAAUCACUGUAAGUCCUGCCCAUGGCUACUGGUUCCUCAGUCUGCGGGAUGGAACCGACUACGCCUUCCGAACAGAACCCUCAAUAAACCUGAUGGUCAACGUCAGACCCUCCCGGAUUGGAGUCUUUGUGGACUGUGAUAAAGGACAGGUGUCCUUCUACAAUGCGGAGGCCAGAAUACUCAUCUAUUCAUUUUAUUCGGAUCGUUUUCCUGACACCAUCCAUCCAUUCUUCAGCCCCUGUACUAACAAGUCAGGACAGAAUGAGGCUCCAUUAAUUAUCUGCCCUGUUUCAGUGACAGAGUAAAAUGAGCUGAUCAUAAUUGACAUGUUAAAAACAUACAUGACAAGAUGGUCGAACACAGCCAGGAUGUAUGAUCCUGUGUCAAUAUCUAGAUUAAAAUCAGCAGUAGUCACUACUCUGUCUUUUAUUCUCUCUAUAACUCCUUACACUUGGCUCCAUACUAAGGAAACAUGCUCUCUUGUUUCAUUUUUAUGCAAACAGACACAUUUAUCUAGCUCUCAUAAAGCUUCACUGCCUCCAGGACAUAAAGACAGCUUGCAAUUCCUUAAAUUUAAUGAAGACAAUAUAGAAGUCUUGGACUGCAUUUUGUUGUACUUGUGUCCUGUACUUGUAUGAUGACAAAUAAAGAAUCUUGAAUCUUGAA